UUCAGACAUUCACGUUCCGUUAGCAGAAGUUGGACUUGUGCUUCAUGCUAAAUUUAAGUAGCGACCGUUCUCAGCGUGUGGUUUAACGCCGCUCCAGGUCCUUUUUUCCUAACUGUCUGCUGCGUCCGAGAACGUGUAAUUGAUCCGGUUUGUGGUGAUUUUGCAUUCGGCAGAGCGGCGAGCAGCCGAUGGGCGGAGCGAACAUCUGGCUUUAAGCAACAACCAAAAAAAAGCGGCGAUUUGUAGAAAAGAGGAAAAAAAAAAUAAGUCUCGGUUGGACCUGGCCUGGGAGUACAUUAAUACAAAAUGCCCAAAACGAUUAAUGUUCGGGUUACCACUAUGGAUGCAGAGCUGGAGUUUGCAAUUCAGCCCAACACCACUGGCAAGCAGCUGUUUGACCAGGUUGUGAAGACUAUUGGACUGCGUGAGGUCUGGUUCUUUGGGCUUCAGUACCAAGACACAAAAGGUUUCUCCACCUGGUUGAAACUCAACAAAAAGGUAACUCAGCAGGAUGUCCGUAAGGAAAGCCCACUUCUUUUCAAGUUCAGAGCAAAGUUUUUUCCAGAAGACGUCUCUGAAGAACUGAUUCAGGAGAUCACCCAGCGCCUAUUCUUCCUCCAAGUAAAAGAGGGUAUUCUGAAUGAUGACAUCUACUGUCCCCCAGAGACGGCUGUGCUGUUGGCCUCUUAUGCUGUACAGGUCAAAUAUGGGGAUUUCAAUAAAGAGUCCCACAAGACUGGCUACCUGUCAAAUGACCACCUACUACCACAGCGUGUCCUCGAACAACACAAGUUGAACAAAGAACAGUGGGAGGAUCGAAUCCAAAUCUGGCACGAGGAACACCGAGGAAUGAUCAGAGAGGAUGCCAUGAUGGAAUAUCUGAAGAUUGCCCAAGAUCUUGAAAUGUAUGGAGUUAACUACUUCAGUAUCAAAAACAAAAAAGGCUCUGAGCUCUGGCUUGGCGUUGAUGCUCUUGGAUUGAACAUCUAUGAACAUGAAGACCGGUUGACACCCAAGAUUGGAUUCCCCUGGAGUGAAAUCCGAAACAUUUCAUUUAACGACAAAAAGUUUAUCAUCAAACCAAUUGAUAAAAAAGCACCAGAUUUUGUAUUCUACGCACCUCGUCUCCGCAUAAACAAACGCAUCCUAGCGCUGUGUAUGGGGAACCAUGAACUGUACAUGCGUCGGCGUAAGCCUGAUACAAUUGAAGUCCAGCAGAUGAAGGCCCAGGCUAGAGAGGAGAAGCACCAGAAACAGCUAGAAAGGGCACAGUUGGAAAAUGAGAGAAAGAAGAGAGAACAAGCAGAAAAAGAGCGUGAAAAUAUUGAGCUGGAGAAGGAGGAAUUGCUGGGAAGAUUGAAACAAAUUGAAGAGCAGACUCAAAAAGCUCAAAGAGAACUGGAAGAACAAACUCGCAAAGCAUUAGAGCUGGACCAGGAGAGGAAAUCUGCCCAGGAUGAGGCUGAGCGACUGGAUCAUGAGCGCAGGUCUGCCGAGGAGACCAAAUUGGCCUUGAUCGAACAAUCCCAAAACCAGAUGAAAAAUCAAGAGCACCUGGCUGCCGAGCUCACGGAACUCACUUCCAAAAUAAAUGUAUUGGAGGAAACAAAGAAAAAGAAGGAGGAUGAGGCUACUGAAUGGCAGCAGAAGGCUGCAGUGGCCCAGCGAGAUCUGGAAAAGACCAAAGAGGAGCUGAAAGUGGCCACGGCUUCCCCUCCCAUCCCACAAGCUGAAGACGAGCGUGCAGAUGAACACGACGAGAACGACGCAGAGGCUAGUGCGGAGCUGAGCUCGGAGGGGACUGUGCAAGAUCGCAGCGAGGAGGAGCGGCUAACUGAGGCAGAGAAAAACCAGCGCGUGCAGAAGCAACUGCAGGCAUUAACUUCGGAGCUGGCCCAGGCACGGGACGAGACCAAGAAAACACGGAAUGACAUGUUACACGCAGAGAACAUGAAGGCAGGACGAGACAAGUACAAGACUCUGAGGCAGAUUCGGCAGGGCAACACCAAGCAGCGGAUAGACGAGUUUGAAUCCAUGUAAAUCCUCAUUUCCUGUGACCUGCAAAGUCACUGUAAGGGAAUGAAUCUGGUUUCAUUAGGAGUUACCGAGAAGCCCUUGCUUUUCUAUUUAAUAUCUGGCUUGUGCAAAUCGGCAAUAGAGAUGUAUUAAAUUGUUCCUGUGUAGCACAAAAGUCUUUGGCUAUGAAGUUUGGAAAAUUGUUUGUUCUAUUUGUGAUUACACCCAUCAGAUUUCUAUAAAAGCCAUGCUCUAUUCAUCUGGUUUGUUUUAAACCAUCUUUUUUUCAGCUUUAGCUAAAAUUAAUAUUGUGGCCCACUUUUAAAAUGUCCAUGUCCUAAGUUGUAUAUUUAAUUAAACUUUUUUUUAAUAAAUCAAAUUGGGUAUGAAGCUAGGGGAAAAUAAUCCAUUGUAACAAAUCAAUGUUAAAUUUGAAAUUAACACUUUUUAAUUUACAAUUGUAAUCUCAUUGGUGCCUUGUUUUCAUUUUUGUUUUUUGUUGUAGUCUGAAUAUUAGUCUGAAUAUUGUUUUUUUUGUAGUCUGAAUAACCCUUCACCAAAUUACCCUCUGCUGCAUAACUAAUUCAGAAAUGGUUGUAAAUUCAUGGAAGAUCACUUAAUGAAUUUGUGACUGAUUAUUUGGGAUAUUUAUUUUUUGCGUUAUUUCCGCUGGAGGUAUUACAUGCACAUAUUUUGACUCUAGGUCGUGUGGCUUUUAAAGGAAUCUGUUUUGAAUUCAGCUGUGUAAACUUGUUCUGACUUGAGUAUGUUGCACUAAAAUUUUAAACGUGUAAAAAAAAAA